AUGUCGUUUCUGCAAAAUUUCCAUCUGAGUCCAGGUCAAACCAUCAGAUCCACGCGAGGCUUCAAAUGGAAUACUACCAGAAGCCCUCUAAACGACAAUGGCGACUCCAGCAGCCCCAACUUGGCAGAGACAAAUGUGCCGCUAUUUGCCACGCCUCAGAAAGCCGAAAACACGACUGUCACUGACUUCAAUUAUACCCCAUCUCACCAAAAACCAUUCUUGGAUAUAUCACAAGGUACCGCCGUGUCCUCUCAUAAAGACCUCAAAGAAAUAGUGGAAACAACUUUGGGCUCGGAAGGGGUCCUCAAUCAAGCUAUUAAGCUACCAAAAGGCGAGGACGUCAAUGAGUGGGUUGCCGUACACUGCGUUGACUUUUACAAUCAAAUAAACAUGCUUUACGGAGCCAUUACUGAGUUUUGUUCCCCAGAGUCCUGCCCUCGCAUGAUAGCUACAAAUGAAUAUGAAUACCUGUGGUACGUUAAGCCUGGCUCGCCGCCUUUAUCUGUAUCUGCCCCCAAGUACGUUGAAUUUCUUAUGAAAUGGUGCCAAGAUCAAUUUGAUGACGAAACGGUUUUCCCACCUAAAUCAAACAUGCCCUUCAGUGCUUCAUUUAUCGACACCAAUGCAAAGCCCAUCCUGAAGAGGCUCUUCAGGGUCUACGCGCAUAUCUAUUGCCAUCACUUUAACGAGAUGCUCGAGCUAAACCUACAAACCGUGCUGAAUACCAGCUUCAGACAUUUUUGCCUCUUCACACAGCAGUUCCAGCUUCUAAGGAAGCAAGAUUAUGGUCCGCUUAUUGAGCUGGUCCAAGAACUCAAAGAUAGAUAG